UCGAAUGUUGCGUGAGGGAGAGCAAAUGGUCGGUCCCGCGGCCCGUUUGUUCCAUGUGUUCGCAGCUGUUGAAUCCAUUCACACUGAAGAUUUAGAGUGUGGAUGGGUCAAUCGUCCUGUAGAGCUGUCGCAGAUGGUGGGUUCGGUCGCUGACAUAGUUCGAGCCCAAUGAACCCUCGUGUGAGUUGCAGUGAGAGGACCAUCGACCAGACAAUGACCUCAGAACUGUCGCCCGCAUCAUCCACCAUCUAGAUCUCCACAAUCCCGAAUUCAGAUCCACUUUGAAAUUGCUUCAAACCCAACAUUCACGCUCGGUUUUGGCUGGGACUUAGACAGGUCUAUCCACAUUUGAUUUCUACACUUUCUAAUACAUCUGCUUCUUCUUCUUCUCUCGAUUCACUACUGAAGGGUUAAGGACAUACAUUGCUGGCAUGGAGAACCAAUUGCACAUAUGCAUAUAGCUUCCACGACAAUCAAGUCAAUCCAUACACGUUUCCUCGCCUGCCAGUAGCAUUGGUGGCUAAACCUUUCUCCACUUCAUCCCCUGAGUCGGAACCAUGUGUUCGGUUUAUAUACAAAGUCCGAGCGACAGCUGCUUAUGAAUAAACAUCCAGGCCGAGUACACUACCGAAGAAGCUGAUCACUUGAUUGGAGGAGAUCCAGAGCAUGUUGCUUCGCUGCGUUUCAGCAGCGGAUGCAGGCUAGAAUUUCCAAGAUAGUGGGUCUGGUUUUCGGCUCUUCAUCAACAAUUGCUACUAUACUUGUUUGGGGAACUUUAUGAUCCUAGAUUGCGGGAAGCUCCUUACGUAAUUUUGACCUUUUCUUGACAAGGAGGGCAGGCCUGUACCAUGUAUGAUAUCGAUGCACUUGCGAUUGGGAAUGUAGAGUCAGCUGUGAGAAAGCUCAUCGACUCGCUGACGCAAUUCCGAUCUACGUCUGCUUCGCAAGCGAGUCAAAUUGUAGAGGAAGAAGUGAAUCACUUCCAAAUUGCUUUGAAAGAAAUUCUUCGGCUUUUAGCAGAUGAGCUGCAACCCACAGAAUCUGGAGAGGCACCUUCAACUGACCGCCUCGUCGGGAAGCUGAAUAAAGCUAUCGACUAUGUUCAGUCUAUCUCGAAGUACGGGUCGGGUUUUCCCGACUUGCGCGUGAUAAAACAUGAACUCGCAUCACUUCGACAAGAGGUUGACUGCUCGUUCUCGGCGACCUUUGAUGAGGAACACUGGGCAAGUUUAAACAGCCCCUUGGUGAAAAUAUUUGCUGCAUCAGCCAAAGAAACAAAAGAAGGCAAAGAAGGAAGGCUGAUCGAGGAAGAUGAAGAGGACGAGGACGAGGACGAGGACGAGGAUUACUACGACCCGAUAACGUACGAGCUUAUGUGCGAUCCCGUGAAGGGCAGCGACGGGCACACAUACGACCGAUGGACCAUCAUAGACCACGACAUGACUCAGAGCCCGUUCGAUCAGCGCAGAAACAAGCCCUUCUUCAUCGCCUGCGACGAUCUCAACGUCCGGUCGAGCCUAUUCGAGAAGUACGGGAGCUCGGGUGCGGUGGACCUGUUCCACGAGCGUCGUCGCUCGUACAGACAGCAGGCGAUCGAGCUAGCGAAUGAGGAGAAUCACGAUGAGUCCGAGGUGCUCAAGAUGCUAAACCACGUCCUCGAGUGGGAUCCUGAGGAUCACGAGUGCCAGAAACUCCGACUUUACAUAGUGGGUAGGUCGCAUCCUUCCAGGCUUUUUCCCGAGCACUCUAUCCGUCCGAUCGACCCCGACAUGAUCCGCAACUCUCUGUCUGGGGAUGACGACGAUGAGAGCCUUGAGAGUUUGUCGAGCUUUCGCAGACAAACUGAAGAGCGAGGUAUCCUCCCUGAGCCCAGCCCACCCUUCCCUCCUGUUAGGCCCUUCGCAGGGCUCGGCGACGGCGGGUGCUUCUAUGCUAUGUGUUGUGCUUGUGUGCUCCUGUGUUGUAUGAUGUGCAUGGGACGAAUCGAUGAGGACCGCCUUUUCUUCAACCGACGUCGAGCUCGAGAGGGAAGGUUUGAGGAUUAGCUUUCACGAUGGUAAUUUUGUACUUUUAUUGAUCUGAUCGGAUACGGCUGAAGUGGCUUGGAUCAAAGGCGGGCUCGAGUGGUACGAGAAAGAAGGCGUUAGAGCUUCCCAGGGGAUCUCCGGACUUUCGCCAACUACUUACUCUGCUUUAUGCUCUCAGGAGAAUCCCUGUCGAGAACUCAUACGGAUACAAUAGAUUUAUAAAUCUAGACCGUUUGCAGGAGGGCCUUAAACAUCAGGGGCGAAGACUGUAGUGUCCACGAGCACCUCAAACUUAGAAGUAUACCUCGCCUCCAACGACAGCUCUGAGUUUUUUCGCCAAUCCAGUCGAUCCGUAGGUCCUUUCAGGAUGUUCAUUUCAUUCCUUGGCGGGCUGCUACUUAUGUAAAUAUCUUCACGCGAGAGUUGUGCAUUGACAAAAAAGAAUCAAUCCCCAGCACGAACAGUCAGUGUUUGCUGAUGCAAAAUGUAUGGAAGACAGUGCUUGGGUUGUAUAGAUUCCCUUCAAAGGCUUUGACCCGUUUUGCAGACGAUAUGAAAAACAAGGGGCCGUUCAGAGGCUCCAUGAUAUGAAGACCUAAUGAAUGAAAGGAGAACCGUCCUUUGGGAA